UUCUAAGGGUUCGUCGGAAAUGCGUCGGUAAAUACCGACGGAAUACCGACGGACAUUAUCAAUUUAGAGUUUCGGUUUCUUACAGGUAUGUUUUUUUUACAGUUGUAUUAAAUAUCAUAUAUAACAUCAGACAACAAAUCUACCCAUUGUAUUCUCACAGUUUUAAAACUUUGAACAUGACAUAUAUAUAAUCAUUCAAUCAAAACCGUUCGAACAACAUCAUACACUUUUAAGUUGGCUUGUGCCAGUUCUCAGAAGUUGUAACACUCAAAUAAAUUUAUAACAUUUUUUUAGAAUGUUUUAUGAUUAUAUAACAUAAUAUAUCGGUUUUAGAAAGUCGUAUAACAAAUAUAAAUAAUUUCGACACCCUGUGUAAACUCUAAACCGUAAUCCGUCGGUAUCUCGUCGGAAUAUUCCGACAAAUAACCGACGGAAUUAACUAUACCGACGAAGAACAGACGGAAAUGGUCGUCGGUAUUUAGAAAAUUACCCAGGUGAAGCUGUACCGCGCAAAGUUUCAGCGAACCGCCAAUAUUAAAAAACCGACGGAUUUCCGACGGGUAUAUUAAAUACCGACGGAAAAAACCCGUCGGUAAUCCGUCAGUUUGUUAAAUGAAUACAUAAGAGAAAAUCUCUUCUUUUUCCUCAUUUUUUCCCCUUUUUUCUCUCUCUCCGCCCAACCCCUCCUCCUCCCUCGCGAUUUCCGGCGAUUCCCUCCUCCUCCCUCGCGAUUUCCGGCUAAAUCCCCCAAAUUCGACCUCCUCUUUCACCCAGUCAUGUAAGAUUUUCAAUUCCUUUAACUUUGCUCAUGGGAUUUUAAAGGUUACAAUGUUAGUUUUAGGGUUUAUGUGAUUUUGAGAUUGAUUAGGGAUUUGGGAGUUAGUUUAGGGCCGGGAUUGAAGUUUUGAUUUAGGAUUUGUGUGAUUGAAGUUAUAGAUUUUGAAGUUAUUGAAGUUAUAAAGUUUUUUUUUAAUAAAAUGUUUUUAAUUAUAUAAAAAUCGUUUUUAUUUAUAAAAAAAUCAGCAUAUGGUAUAAAAAAUAUUUUUUUCAUUAUAAAAAUUCGUUAAAUAAAUUAUAAAACACAUUUUAAUUAUUAUAAAAAUAUUUUAAUUAUAAAACGUUUCUAAAUAAUAAAAAAGCUUACUAAUGUUUUUUUUGUAGGGAUGAACCACCUCCUCUUAUACUUAGACGUCGUUCUCGCCGGGGUACUUCUUCAGUCACUCAGAGUACUCAGAGUACGUCACCCGCUAGUAGCCCAGUUGCAGCUACCACUCCUCCAGCAGCCCCCACCCCUCUAGCAGCCCGCACCCCCCCUUCUGUAGCUUCCGGCCCUUCUCAAAGUUCAAGAGGAGGAGGAUUGCCUACUACGAUGACUGUUGCGGAGUUAGUUAGGCAACCUGGCCGAGAAUCGCUUCAGCGCCUUGAUCCAAAUUAUCUUAUUGUCCCAAACACCACUUGGUAAGUAUUUGUUUUAAAAGGUUCUUUCAUUUUAUAUUCAUCUUUUACAUUUAAUUGUGUUUGGUUUUAUUUCGUAGGUUUGAUUUGUCUGGCAAUGGUAUCACCAACAGCCUUCUUAGGAUGGAGUACACGAUGCUAAAGCGUGGUUAUCCAACUUUCUAUGACAUGCCUGACGAAGAUCAAGAAAUUUGGUUUCGGCAAUUUGCGGUAUACGUUGUCAAUUUUUAAUAUUAUAAAAAAAAUUUCUACAAUUGUAACUUUCUAAAAAAAAAUUUGUAUUUAUUUUGCAGCAAGAGUUCACUUGGGAAUCAGGGAUUACAGAACAAGUGAAAAUUGUUUUCCGCCGCAAAGCAGCUUCGCACUACACCAAGCGGAUCAAUGAGUGGAAGCAAAAAUUCGAUGUUGGCGAGGUCCCGAAGCACAUCAACCCAGACGUUUGGCGGGAUUUGUGUGCUCAUUGGACGAAAGAUGAGACAAAGUCUUUGUCGACAAUCAACUCGCAAAAUCGGUGUAGCGGGCGUGGCGGGAAAGGGAUGUUUGUCCACAACUUAGGGGCAACAAGUUUACAGACCCGAGCACUUCAGCUAGUAAGUUUCUAAUCUGAUUUUCUUAUUCAUUUUUAAAUAUGUGAUACUAAAUAUAUUGUUUUUAGAUGAAGGAAAACGGUGGAGUUCCCGUAGAUGAUUUUACCCUGAUGAAGAACGCCUAUACCAACAAGAAGACUGGGGAGAUUCAGGAUGGACUUAUUAAGGGCGUAAUCCAGGUUGUGGAAAAUCGAAAAGUGGAUCUCCUCGCGACUCAAGCUUCUAUGUGUGAAGAAGGCGAUUCUGCAUCUUCCAACUCCUUAACCGUAGAGCAACUCAACAACCUUGUUCUCGAGGCUGUUCCAAAGAAAAAGGGCCGUUAUGUUGGAUUGGCUCGUUCGACCGGAGGGGCUUCUUCUUCUUCUUCAGCUCACUAUCCACUCGUUGAUGAGCUUAUGGAGCAGAUUUAGACCAAGGAUACGGUGAUUGAGUUUCUGAAGAAGGACAAUGCUGAAAUCCGGGUUGAGCUGCAGCAAAACCGAACGACUAUGGAGGAAAACAAUGUUCUCACCCAGACCUUGUUGCAGAAGUUUAGGACCCGAUUCGGUGAAGACUUUUAGUUGUUUUUUAAUUUUCAAAAACUUUUUAUAACUUUAAUGUAUAAUAAUGUUGAAUUUAUAUAUCUAUAAUGUUUUUAAAUUCUAAAUUAUCAAUUUUUUCCUGAAAUUAAAUUAAGAAUUAUAAAAAUUGUUUUCUUUAAUUAAAAAAGGAAUACCGACGGAUAGAGUUAUCCGUCGGAAUUUCUACAUUUUUCCGACGAAUAAGAUCCA